AAAGUGGCUCAGUGUUCCUUGCUGCUGCCACAGUGCCGACAGGAUGCUCAAGCUAGUGCUGUUGUUCCUGACACUGUCAGGCCUCCAGGCUGCCCCACUCGCACGCCAAACUUUCCAUAAGAAGUCACAUACCUACCGGCUGCCUGAUGGCUUUCGGCAGGGCACUGAACACUCCGACAUCCGCAAGCCGAUUCCCGACAACUUCCGACAAGGUACCGAGCCCUCCAGGAGAUUCAUCAUAAACCUCAACACUGGCCUUGUUCAGGAUUACGUCAGUGAGAUGGAGAGGAGAGUAGAUUCAAUCCAUCCUUCUCGUGGGAAUGGAUUAGGCGAGAUGAAGAGAAGACACUGGAUAUUGGAAGAGGCUCAAGAUGUCCCAGCCCAGAGGAAUGGUCAUGGUUGGGUCCGUGUGGAGAUGGCGUCUGCUUAUCGUCUUCCUGAUGGUUUCAGACAGGGAACUGAACCUGUCAAGACAAUCCCUGAUGGUUUUAGGCAGGGAACAGAGCCCGUUAGAGCAAUCCCAGCUGGUUUCAGACAGGGAACAGAGCCCGUCAAGACCAUCCCAGAAGGCUUUAGACAGGGCACUGAACCUGUUCGUAACAUCCCAGAGAGCUACAGACAGGGCACAGAACCAUCUUUGCAAAACCUUGAGCUUCUCAGACAGGGAGCAGAACCCAGGAAAUCACUUCCAGCUGGUUUUAGACAGGGCACAGAGCCUGUUCGUAAGAUCCCAGAGGGCUUUAGACAGGGUACAGAGCCUGUUCGUAAGAUCCCAGAGGGCUUUAGACAGGGCACAGAGCCUGUUCGUAAGAUCCCAGAGGGCUUUAGACAGGGCACAGAGCCUGUUCGUAAGAUCCCAGAGGGCUUUAGACAGGGUACAGAGCCUGUUCGUAAGAUCCCAGAGGGCUUUAGACAGGGUACAGAGCCUGUUCGUAAGAUCCCAGAGGGUUUUAGACAGGGCACAGAGCCUGUUCGUAAGAUCCCAGAGGGUUUUAGACAGGGCACAGAACCUGUUCGCAACAUCCCAGAGGGCUACAGACAGGGCACAGAACCUGUCAAGACAAUCCCUGAUGGUUUUAGGCAGGGCACUGAACCAAUUCGAACACUCCCAAUGGGCUUCCGACAGGGAACAGAACCCUCAACCUCCAGGCGCCAAACCCAGACAGUUGAAUGCAAAGGAGCGGUCAUCAACGGAAACUGCUACCAGUUCAACCCCACACCACUUGCCUUUCAAGAUGCACAGGACUUAUGCAGAGCUCUUGCACCAAAUGCUGAGCUUGCAUCUGUAACAAGUGGCGACCUGCAUUCCCGUCUGGUCUCUCUGGUGACCAAGGGUGGUGAGAGUAACCCCGUGCUGACCUGGCUGGGAGGCACUGUAAAGAACCAGAAGGCAUCUUGGGUUGACGGGUCAGAGUGGAGCUACAGCGACUGGAUGCCUGGCCAUCCUAACAUUCACAGUGACAAGCCUGUUUGUGUGGAGAUGUUCAAGAUAGAUCAGAGCUGGUGGACUGCGGUCGACUGUGAGCUGAAGAGAGCAUCCAUCUGCUCUUACCCGAUCACUGCAUGAAAACCAUAAAGAGACAGCGAUAAGAGGGUGUUUUUGAUUGGUUUCUUGUCAAAAUCAUACCUUCAAAUGAGUUUCCAUACCUUUGUAUGAAUCUGUCUGAGUUUCCUUGAAUAAACCUGGCAUAUUA